GAGGGCGGCACCGGGCGGGCGGCGCGCCCUCUCCCCGCGCGGGCCGAGGAGCCGGAGCGGCAUGCGGCGCGGGGACGGCGCCCCGGGGGCGCUCGCCGGCGGGGACCCGGAGGACGGCGGCGUGCUCAAGGAGGGCUUCCUCGUCAAGAGGGGUCACAUCGUCCACAACUGGAAGGCGCGAUGGUUCGUCCUCCGGCAGAACACGCUGCUGUACUACAAGCUCGAGGGGGGCCGGAAGGUGACCCCUCCCAAGGGCCAGAUCCUCCUGGACGGCUGCACCAUCACCUGCCCCUGCCUGGAGUAUGAAAACCGACCGCUCCUCAUCAAGCUGAAGACUCGCACAUCCACAGAGUAUUUCCUGGAGGCCUGCUCUCGGGAGGACAGGGACGCCUGGGCCUUCGAGAUCACGGGGGCGAUUCACGCUGGGCAGCCGGGGAAGGUCCAGCAGCUCCACAUACAGAGAAACUCCUUCAAGCUGCCCCCUCACCUCAGCCUGCAUUGCAUCGUGGACAAGAUGCACGACAGCGCGACAGGAAUCCGGCCAAGCCCCAACGUGGAGCAGGGGAGCACCUACAAAAAGACCUUCAUUGGCUCCUCCCUGGUGGACUGGCUCAUCUCCAACAGCUUUGCAGCCAACCGUCUGGAGGCCGUGACCCUGGCCUCCGUGCUCCUGGAGGAGAACUUCCUGAAGCCGGUCGGCGCCCGGAGCACGGGGGCCGUUCGCUCUGGGGACCUGGCCGAGCAGUUCCUGGACGACUCCACGGCCCUGUACACCUUUGCUGAGAGCCACAAGCAGAAGAUCAGUCUCCGGGAGGACAUUAACCUGAGCACCAUGGAGCUGAGCGGCACGGUGAUAAAGCAGGGCUAUCUGGCCAAGCAGGGCCACAAGAGGAAAAACUGGAAGGUGCGGCGCUUCGUUCUGAGGAAGGAGCCGGCUUUCCUGCAUUACUACGACCCUGCCAAGGAAGAGAACCGGCCAGUGGGUGGGUUUUCCCUUCGUGGUUCACUCGUGUCUGCUCUGGAGGACAAUGGCGUUCCCACGGGUGUCAAAGGGAAUGUCCAGGGAAAUCUCUUCAAAGUGAUUACUAAGGACGACACACACUAUUACAUCCAGGCCAGCAGCAAAGCUGAGCGAGCCGAGUGGAUCGAAGCCAUCAAAAAGCUCACGUGACGGACCAGGAUUGCCUGAGAGACCAGGACCAGGAUUCCUCCCACCUAGCCGGUGACACCGACAGGGUUUCCCAGAAAAUGAGUGUUAAUGCAACUUUCUUUUGUACUUAGUCUACUGGAGUUUCCUAGGUCACAAUGGGCAAUGGUGCUGUUCCUUCCCCACCUUCACGUUAACAACCGGAAAUGCCAGAACAGCCAUUAGGCGUCAGCACGUUGACUUUCGCCAAUCAUCACAGCAGGCCAUUCCUCAGUCACCAAAGUAGGUUUGCCUUGUAACACUAACUGGCCACAUUAUACUACUAAAUAAAACGCUAGUCUCACAGCACUGUCUCCGAAAUGCUGCCAACAGCCAUUAACUCCUUCUUUAGGAUUAAUAAAAACUGACACUUGCUUCUGGCUAUUAGAAUUUCCUUCCAAAGUUUCAGUUUUCAAAGGUUUUUCAUGCUUGAGACUAUACGAAGUGAGCGAGGCGAUUAUGAAGACACCUCGUGAUCUCUGUGACUAAGACAUGCUUCAUCUCAAAGUGGGUGAAUUGAGCUUGAACAUUCAAAGAAUAUUGUUUUCCUUUGAAAAAUAAGCUUGCAUUAAGCAUUACAUAUCACAGAAAAAUCACGGACUCAGUUGAAGGGAUUAGUCACACAUACUAAAAAAAAAGGUAAAAUUAUAGUUUUACUGUGAAAAAUACCAUUUGGAAAGCAGAGCAGAGCUCUCUAAAGGAAAGAGAAAGCUAUGAAUAGGAAAGGGGUUAAAUCAGGGCAUGAAAUUUGGUUUUCUAGGUGAACAUUGAGACAAAUAGGUACCAAGAAGCUUCACCAGUUGGAAGGUUAACCUGCAGUAGUGAAAAGUCUGUAUCAUACAAUUAUUUAAGAAAAACAUUUUUAUUGCUUGCAAGUUCAUACAGUAACUGGCACAAGAUACUGCCAGCAUUCUUGCUUAGUACAAGACUCCCUUAAAUGAAUAGGUAAGAUACGUAACUGGCAUUUAAGGGUACUAGAUACCUCUGAAAUUCAAAUUUGUCCUUAGUUUGAACUGUUCUCUCAAUUUCAACUAGAAUACUUGACCUGAGUGAUCAAAAUUCCAAGCAAAUGAGGUUUUACUUAAUUCCUUACAUUGUAAAGAGAUGCCUUUUUAGAGCACCUGGCAUUUUACCAGGUCUAAUGUCCUUGGAAUUAGUUUAUUACUUUUGGGAUAUCAACAGAUGUUCAUCUGAAUUUGACUGUAUUUGGUUUGAUGGCUUCUUCUCUGAACUGGCACAACUGUACCAGACUGUGGAGGACAGAGUCCUCACCCAUUUAAAGUAGAUGACCUUGAGGCAAACCAGGGAACAACUCUUAUCAAGGUACUAGUAUUUUAAUUUUUAAAAUCCGAACCAUUUGAAUUCAACUGUUUUUGAUGUAGUUAAAUCGAGAAUGUUUGUCUGGCAGCUGAGUAAUAAUUGUAUUAAUAAGCAUAAUAUAGUGCUUGCUUAGCAUGUCUGUAGGUUCCCACUUAGAAUUAUCCAAAGUAUUGGUUUGUCUUGUUUUGGUAUAAAAGAUAAAUUGUUUAAAGGUUCACUUUUUGUAAGCCGUUCUCAAUUAAUUAUGCAUUAAGAACCAAGCUAUUGCUAAGGUUCAGUUUUGAGUUGAUAACCACUUGACAUCAGUCCAAGGCAGAAUGAGUAGAUGAAGUUGUCCACUUUUAAUGAGGUUUUUUUGGGGGAGGUCCAAGAUUUGGAUAAACUGGUCACUUUUGUCAAUCUGUUCCUUCAGCUAUCUGGAGCUGGGUGUGUUCUCUUGUCCUUUAAAAGUGAUACUUUUAGGUCAGCAAGGAAUAUGUGUGCUUUAAGUUUAUAGUUCUAUCACACGGUAUCAAUCUUUUCUCUGGCAAGCGUCAUAAAUUUGCAACUGUUGUGGAACUGAAAAGGCCCAAUAAUUUAAUGGAUAAAUUCACUCACCAUGAACAUUACCAGCAUUUCUUGUUAUAGCAUUUGAAAUAUAAAAAUAUUAAACAAAAAUUCAAUUCCUGUGAUAGCAAACAUUUAAGGAGCAUCUGUUAUAUUUGAUGACAUCUGCUGUAAGCUUUACAGACUUGUUUCGACUCCUCAAAAAGACCACGCUGAAAAUUGAGCCAAUUUUGAAUAUAUCCUAAUUUUCCUCUAAAUAUUCCCAGUAUGGUAUGCUAGCUAGCAACCAUGGUUCCUUUGUAGAGAUGGCUACAUGAAGUCAGGCUUCUGGAUUGGGACAAUCUUCACAUAUGGCACAAACUGUCUCAGCAAUACUAUUUUUCCAGUCCCUUUUAAAAAAUACUGAAUCUAGUCCUGGAUUGAUGGAGGAGGAUAUGGUUUCACUUUUUAAGUAUUUAAACAGCUAUUUGUCAGAAUAAUUUAAUAAAAUUAAUAUAUCUAGUACCUCAAGCAUACUAAGAUUAAAUCUACAAAGACUAAAGUAACUCAAGACUUUCUACACCUUGGUUAUUGUAGCUGUAACAUCAAAUCACGUGUUUUGUCUGAAUUUAUUUACCUUUAAAUUUAUAUGCCUUAAUAAUUAGUUCUUAAAAGAUAAAAAUGAUGGAAAUGUUGAAAAAUUAUGGUAAUUGUGUUCAAACAGAUCCCUAUUCUGUUAUAAAGAAAACUGAAGCUUUCUAGAUGGCACCUAGUGAAUAUUUUAA